AUGGCCGCCAAUAUGCCCCAGAUGGGCGGAGUCGGCCCUACGCGGCCUCGCCCGCAGCAUCAGCAGCUGUCGCAGCUCAUCUACACACAGUUGAUGACCCAUGGCGUCCAAGGCAAUGACUGGCAAGCUCAGGUCCCAGUCAACCUCCGAGUCACCCACACGAUGAACCUCAUCACAAACUCUUUCCUCGCCUUGCCCCACGUAGACUCGCAAAGUCUCGUGUCAUAUGGCAUGAGGUUCGAACAGGAGGCGUUCGUUACCUCGCCGGAUAAAGCAACUUAUGAUCAGAAGAUCGGGGCGCGCAUUCAGGAGUUGUUCAAGAAGCGCCAGGCCAAUGAACAGAAUAUACACAGUACCCUGAACGCCCAGCAUGCCGCUCAAGCUCAGGCUCAAGCCCAAGCCCAGGCGCAAAUGAUGAUGAACGGAAAUAUGCAGAUGAGGGGGAUGGGCCAGCAACCACAGCCAGGACUGCAACACCUUCAACAACAGAUGCAGCCUUCUCCCAUCCCCCAGCAAUCCCAGCAGCCCGGGAUGGGCAUGGGUAACCCGGGGGGGAUUCCCAUGAAUCCUAAUCAUCAAGGAAUGCAGAUGAACGCACAAAUGCGUCCCCAGAUGCAGAUGCAAGCCGGGCUGGCAAGUCUCACGCCCCAGGACAGAGCCAAGGUGCUUCACUUAGCCACGGCAAAGCUAAAUCAGACGCCCGAGGCACAAAAGGUCCAGCUCCGGGUGCUGGUACAACAAAAACUCUCGCCGCAGCAUAUGGCACAGUUGCAGCAAGAGGGCACAGAUCCGGUACUAUACUUCUACCAGACUCAGAUAUUGCAGGCCUCGAGAGGAGGUCAGGCUGGCCCAAAUCAAGCCGCAAUGCAGCUGCAUGCCCAGCAGCAGCGACAGAUGAACCAUGUUGGUCAGCAAGUACCUGGAGCGCCCAACGGCGAGUUUGGCCCGUUUGGAAACGUAGAAAGCAUCAUGAAUCAGCAGAAAGCCGGACUCAUGGCUCAGGAACAGGGACAAAUGGUGGUUCCGGCGAGUACUGGUCCCGGCCGGAACGCCACACCCCAGCCUAUGCCUAACCAAGGCCCCAACCAGCCCGGAAUGCCCCAUCAGAUGCCACAGCAGUUCAACAAUCAACCGACUCAGCAGUUGAAAAUGGACCAAAGAGCCGCUCAAACACAGGCUCAGAUCAGAGCUCAAGCGCAGGCGAAGCAGAUGCAGGGCCAGCCUGGUGGGCUCAACGGCGCUGGUGCCGUCUCGCAAAGCCCUGCCAUGAACACUUUAAAUACUCCUGUGCGUCGAAUGCCGAUAGGCGAGGGACAUCCGCAGCUGGGCCAGGGCAAUGGGCCAUUUGGCCAGAUGCAUGAUCCCCGGCUCAACCAAGGUAACCAGCAACCGCAAAUGGGACCGAAUCCAAACAUCAUGAGCAGCAUGCUGGCCCAGAUGCCCCCGGAGCAACGACAACAGUUUCUAGCUCUACCGCCGGAGAGGAAGAAUGAUAUGAUCAUGAGGUUCAACGCGACCCAGGCCGCCCGAGCCGCUCAGGGGCAAAUGCCGGGCCGUCCUCAGCCUCAAGCCCCUGGCCAAUUCGGGCAAGGCAAUCCUAUGGCGCAGUUCGCACCCGGAAACAACCACGUAGGCCAGCAGCCUAACCAACCCAUGGCGACGAAUCAGCAGAAUCAGAUGAUGCUACAGCAGCAGCUGAACAGAAUGCGACAGAACGUGCCAGGGCAGAAUCGACAGAUGCCUCCAGAUUCCAAUGCGCUGAUGGACUCUCUGGAUGUGCCAAUCAAGGUCUUGGACCAGCUAAGGUCAACUCAGCAUACAGAGAUUCCCCCUGAGAUCAAGAAAUGGGCACAACUUAAGCCAUGGCUCGCACAAAAGGGUACCAAUCCGAAUAUGAUCAACCAACUUCUAAAUGUACAGAAUCAGCAGUUCCAGACCGUCCUAAAGCGGAAUCCGACAUUGGCUGCUGCAGGUCAUCAGGUGCCCCAGUCCAACAUGACACAGGCACAGCCAGGUGCUCAACCUCCUCAUGCUCCUAAUGCACAGAUGCCAGGACAGCCUGCUCAACCCCCUGCCAACAUCACUGUCUCCCUCCAGGAGAUACAGAAUGCCAAGAAUCACGACAAGUUCAAGGGUUGGCCCGACGAGAGGAUCCGCAUGAUGCUUUCUAGCAUGAAGAUGCACGCCUGGAAGAUCCGGGUAAAUGGACAGAUGCAGGGCGCUCAAAUGCAGACUCCUCAGACGGCCCAACCAGCUACUGCCAAUAUAACAGCUCUGGCGCAACCGACGAAUGGUCCCAAUGUUUCGCAGCAGCAGCAGCAGAACGCAGGUCCUGAUGGUAAUACGACGGGGUCAGUCCCCGCUAUGAAUACCAAGCAAUCCCAGAACAACCGGCCGCAACAGAAUGCUUCCCCAGCAGUUGCACAGAAGAAGGGUCUCAAGCGUGCAAGCAACGACGACUUGAUCGAAGUGCCGAACGCGUCCAGCACGUCAGUUCAGCGACCGAUCUCCCAGCAAACUCAAGCCGGCCCGUCAGGACAUGGACAACUUCCCCAACUUACACCUGCGCAACUUGCCAACAUGUCGCCGGAGCAGAGACAAAAAUACGAGGCCAUGAAAGCCCGACAGAUGCACAUACCGUCGACGGCGGAGGAGAUGCAGCGCCUCAAGACACUCGGAGUAGAACAGCAGGUCGCUGUCCGGCAAGAACAGUUACAGGAUAUACCCAUGACUCCAGAACAGCACGAAGAAAUGGCCCACAAAAUCAGGGCUAUGAUUGGCGAGAUGGGCAAACUCAGUAAGGUCCUGGGUCGCUGGUACAGUCUAACGCACGAUGAUGCCCGCGCCAAGAUGUUUUUCAAGAUGCGACUGCGUCUCGUAAAGCAGUUUGUAGACGGGGAGAAGAUGAACGUUCUCAAGGACACAUUCUCAGUAGGGCCUAAAGAGUUGGACGGCGUCAGGGGCAUGCUUGAGAGCAUGGCCAAGGACCUCGCGAACCAAUAUCCCCAGGGGAUGAGGAAGAAUGCCAACCAGCAGAACACCUCGGAGCCAGGACCUUCUGCGCACGCGGCGACACCACCAGGUCAGGGAAUUCCGUUGAGCGCGGCGAACCUCGAGAAGCAAACACAGGAGCUCAACAGGCAGCAGCAGAGGAGCAGCAGCAGAAGCGGUCAACCACCGGCAGCACCGACGACGUCACAGCCCCCCUUCUCGUUUGGCGGCGCACAGUCACCCAACGGACAGCCGACGUAUGCCGGCCGGCCCGCGCUUACUCAAGACAACCUCCACUUGCCUGCUCGCAAGAAAGCCAGGACAGGGAUGCAGUCGGGUGGGCCGAGUGCCAACGCGUCACCUCAGGUCCAGAAGCUGCCGUCGCCGGAUAUGCAGAAGCGCUCGGCGCCGCCGGAGGCAAAGGCACCCGCAAAGCCUCAAUAUCAGUGUUCAGAGCCAAGCUGUGAAUUCCACACGAUUGGGUUUGCCACGGAGGAAGCUCAGCGAAAUCACUUUGAUGAGGAACACGUCAAGCCCUACCAAGAUCCGCUCAAGUUCGCUACUGACGGGCUUGCCUUGUGGCUUGGCGUGGACUCUGAUGGGCAUUCGAAGAAAGUGUCGCCGACGUCGGCAGUCAAUACCCAGUCUUCGGCUACACCUAUGACACGAGACGCAUCCAAGCAGGGCCUGACGCCUACAACUAGGGCUGACGCGACGCCGAUGUCCCGAGAACCCUCAAUGAGGAGACAAGGCAGCGCUGCCGGGUCCAAGCCCAACGAACUCGUCGUCAAGGCGGUUGCAUGCAAGGCUGGUACACCGAAGCCAGAUGUGGCAAGCAGGUCCGGCGACGGUGUCGGAGCUGUCAGUGUGGGGGCAGCUCCGGAUACCCCGUGGGCGACGGUUGACCCCCAGAAUCUGUUCCAAACCAGUUUUGGAGGCGGCGGUGCCAUCUCUAAUAUGAAUGCGUAUCGAGCGAUAACGCCAAAUGACACGCCCGAAUCUAGCAAAGACAGCGCAGCAUCGGAGCCGAACAGCGACCUGUCGGAUGGGGUUGCUCUCAAUGUCACUCUCGACAUGGGGCUCGACUCGUGGCAGCCGUUUGAGGGCGGCCAGUUCAUGGAUAUGGACUCGGCGAACAUGGAUAUGGGUGAUCUAGGAAAUAUGGGCGACAGCGUAUUCCCGGAGUUAAUGACAUGGGAUGAUGUCAACACGGAUUUUGGGAAGCCAUUUGCCUUAGAUACCUCGCUUUACUCACUGGACACGACGUGA